UUCGUUAGUGGCUUCUGUCGGAUUUUAAUUUUUAAUUCAAUCUUACAUUUGCAGGGUCAAAUAAUUUAACUAUUUUUAUUUAAUACAGAUUCUAACGAUAAUCUUUUAUUUUGUAAUAUGUCUGAAGAAGGAACAACGAGAAGAACUACGAGGUCGCUUGCCAGGCGGCUGAGUACUGAUUCAAUAUCGCCUCCAGCUGCAGGGACUCCUGGCAAAAAAGCGAGGGCUUCAAGAGUUACGGGGUUGCCGUCUAUUGCAGAAACUAAACCGAAAGCAGUUAGCACUCGUAAAUCCCGAAGAUUAAGUACUGACUUAAAUUUAGAAGAACCUGGAAGCAGACCAUCAACACCUAUAUCAACUGAAAGGCGUCGUUCUCGCCGACUAAGUAUUGACUUAGAUGAACAACGCCCACAAUCUGUAUCAACUCUCCCAAUUGUGGAAGUUAUACAAGAAGAGGAAGACAUCAAUAUUUUAGCAAUGAAAGAUGAUAUAAAUAAUAAAUCCGGUAUGAGUGUUGUUGAUCAGUUUGCUGUAACACCUAGUACUUCAGUAACAGAUUCUGUGAUGAAAGAAACGUUAGAGAAUUCUGAAAGUAAGUUAACUUUGGGCAACCAAUCGGAUGUAAAAGAAUCAAUUACUGAAAAAGAAGUUGAUAAAGAAUCUGAUGAAGUAUUUACAGAUCAUAUAGAGAAAGCAGGUGUUCAAGAUGAGGACAAAAAAUCUGAUGUUGAUAAAUCUUCUCCUGAUAAACCAUUAUCUUCAAAUGAUUAUAUUCCAGAACCUAUGGAAGUUGAUACAACUGACCAAGAUAUGAUAAAAACAGUUACUAAUAAAGAUAAUCUUGUUGAAGAAGAAACGAAUACCCAACAAGUUUCAAAUACAUCCUAUUCUUCUGACAGCUCUAAUGUAUCUACACGUUCUAAAACCAAAUUGAGGAUAUCCACUAGUGCAGAUGAUCUAACUAAAGAUUCAGUUUCUUCGGAUUUGAAAAAAAUUGAUUUAGAUUCAUCAGCUAGUUCUGGUAAAGAACUAAACAUAUCUACACGAUCUAGAAGGAGUCUAAAUGAUUCGCAAAUAAAGGAAAUCAAUAAAUUAGCUGAUAGUAAACCUUCUGAGGAAUGUAAUAUUUCUACAAGAUCUAAAUCCAAGUUAAAUGCAUCUAAUGCUUCUCAGAAAGAUACAAGUAUUAGUACAAAAGAUACUGAUACAAUUAAUAGUGAAGGAAGCCCCAAUGUAGGAAAUAUAUCGACCAGAUCAAAAUCUAAAUUGAAUGUAUCUGAUUCAAAGAAUAAAAGUGCACUUAGUAUUUCUGUGAAUGAAGAAUCUAAUGAAAUGCAAGUUGUUAUGGAUAAAGGAGAUUCUGUAAAAAGUAGUCCAAGAAGUGAUUCGAGUGCUACAGAAGAUGCUGAUAAAACCGCUGAACUAAAAAAUGAUUUUAAUAUUUCCACCAGAUCAAGAUCAAAAUUAAAUGCAUCUACUGUUGCAAAUAAAAGUACAAUCAAUACUGACUCACCAAAGAAAGCGACAAAUGAUACAGUGAUGUCAAAUUCUUCAGAUAAAAAUUCAAACCAGAGUACUGCUGAAGUGAUUGUCGAUGCUACACAAAAAAUAAAAGAUGAAGCAGAAUAUGCCGAAUUUGAACGUAGCUUAAACUCUUCUGCAGAAGAAGCUAGGAAAGAAAAUAUUUCUGGUCAUAAUUCUAAUGAUCAAACACCAAAACUAAUUAUUGAUGAUUCUUUUGAUCCUGAUGAUAGUUCGGUGAUCACCAAAGCACAAGGCAAAGAUUUCAAAGGUUUGUUAAAUAAAUCAGAUAUUGUAAAAAGGUCUCUUACUGAUAACAGUAAAAAUGAAACUUCCCAAUUAUUAGAUGGGAAAAACGAUUUGAGUUGUAAUAAAGAAAAUAUUGAAAUUAUAAAUAAAUCAGAUGCAAAUGAUGUCAGCGUCAAAAGCAUUACAACAAGAUCUAAUAAAAGUCAAAUCAUAAUUGAUGUAUCAAUGAAAAAUGAAGAAAAUUUGGAAGUUCUUGAUAAAGAAACUAAUAAAUCUGUAAAGGAAGUGAUAGAAAUAUAUGAAAAAAUUGAUAGUGGUGGUCCAUUAGAAGUGAAACAAACUUCACUAAUUGCUUGUUCAACUCCAAAAAUGAAGAAAUUAGAAGCUGUUGAUUAUAAGGAGAUAACAAACCAAAUUAGUGAUAAUGAAUCACUAAAAUCUAGUGUUAAGGAUAGCAUAUCCUACAUCGAUAAUGAUGCUCACAAAUCUGAAAAAACUGAUUUAGAGACUGUUACUACUGAAUCUAGUGCAGAAGUUGUUCAUGAAGAAGAAACCUCAAGGAUGGAAUUUGAUAAUGUUUCUCCAAGUAAGAAAUUAGCUGUUGAUAACUCUGAAAGUCAUGAAAAUGAAACUACCGCCAAUCCUUUAAAUGAAGAGUGUAAUCAAACAAAUUUAGUGGAUAAUUUAUUAAAUCAAGAUAAUGCCGCUAAUUUAGAAAAUGUUAACUCUGAAACUCAUGAAAAUGAUACUAUCGCCAAAUCUGUAAAUGAAGAGCGUAAUCAAACAAAUUUAGUGGAUAAUUUAUCAAAGCAAGGUAAUGCCGCUAAUUUAGAAAAUGUUAAUGAGAUAAGUACAAAAAUUGUAAAUGAUGAAACUAAUAUCAACAAGUCCUUAGAGAAACAUGAAACAAUUUCCGCUCUACCAGAACAUGUUGUUAAAUCUGAUGAUGCUUCUUCUAUAAAUAUAAUUAGCACUGAUUCAAGUAAAUGCAGUACCCCAAAGUCUGCUCAAGUACUUCUUAUAUCAGAUGAAUCUGAUCAAGAAAAUGCUGAUGAGAUGAUUUCGAAUGAAAAAACUCCUUUGAGGGAUGAUAAUGAUGAGCCUGUAUUAAAAACACCCAUUUCCAUACAAAGCUCUAUCUUAUCUAUUAGUUCAUCUAAAUCUGGCUCAAUAUCAAAGUCAAAAAAUCCAAGUGUUAAUACAUCUGAUAUUGACGAAGAACGUAAGUCUCCUGAUCUUGUGGAAAAGGGCAAGAAUUCUAAUGGUGACAACACAUCUGACAAAGUCACUUUAUUGCUAUCUGAUGGAUCAGAUGCAGAAUCUGAUAAUGGAAAAGAGUAUUUGAAUUUGAACUCCGACUCAGAUAGCAGUGGUUUUGUUAAUAACGAAGCCAAAGAUGUAGGUGAAGAUUAUCAGUCACAUGAUUCCAUGGAUGAAAAUGAAAGAGCUGAAAUAGAGGAAAAUGAAAUAGUUGAUCGUGGAGAGUCUUUACAUUCUUCUGAUGAAGAAGAUAACGAACCUGAUGAUUAUGAACAUGAUUCAUUCUGUGUAGAAAGCAGGUCAGAGGAUGAAGAACUUCUGGAAGGUGCUUCUGAUGACUUAGAUUCUAGAUCCAGCAGUGGUCUGAGUGACUUGUCACAAAGCCAGAAGUCUAAAGAGAAAUAUAAUAAGAAAGAAAAGCAGAAGAAAAGGAAAUCAUUUGUAUUAAAUUCUUCUAGUGAUGCGGAAGGUAAGAAUGAGGAAAAUAAUGAUGGUGAAGCUGACAAUAAGAUACAGAAUGAAUGUGGUGAGGUCGAUGAAUGUAUUGAUGUCAUUUCUGAUGAUGACAGUGUCGAUGAAGAAAUUCAAUGUAAAUAUACAGAGGUGCUAAAGAAUCUUAUUUCUCAACACGGAGAAACUGAAAGCCAAGAAUCUGCUACUUCUCAAGAAAGUACAGAACAAUCUGAAAAGAACUGUGCGGAUACUGAUGUUGAAGUUACAAAACCAGCAGAAUUGGCUGAAAUUACAGAACUAUCAGAAUCGGCUGAAAUUACAGAACCAUCAAAAUCAGCUGAAGUAACAGGACCAUCAGAAUCGGCUGAAGUUACAGGACUAUCGGAUUCAGCUGAAGUUACAGGACCGUCGGAAUCAGCUGAAGUUACAGGACCAUCGGAAUCAGCUGAAGUUUCAGGACCAUCGGAAUCAGCUGAAGUUUCAGGACCAUCGGAAUCAGCUGAAGUUUCAGGACCAUCGGAUUCAGCUGAAGUUACAGGACCAUCGGAUUCAGCUGAAGUUACAGGACCAUUGGAUUCAGCUGAAGUUAAAAGAUCAGAAUCAGCUGAAGUUACAGAACCAGCAGAGUCAGUUGAAGAUCAACAGUCCAAAUCAUCUGAAACAGCAGAAACAAUUGAAAGUGUAUCUCAGGUUAUGGUUAAAAAUCCUGUACGAUCUAAUGUUAACAAACCUGCUGAUCAAAAGAAAUCUAAAAGUAGUAUGGUAGAUCCCAACAAAAUAGACAUAUCUAAAAUUCAAGCUACUUGUGAGCAAAUACUGAGUAAAGAAAAUGAGAAGAAACGCAUUCGCAGAGAAAGUGAUAACCAGACAAAGAAACAAAAGAAACCAAGUGACAAGAAAUUGAAACGUCUUCCUGAAGCUACUCUGGAAGAACUAAAUGAAGAGACUGAAUUACAUAUACCAAACCAGUCCUGUAGUAACCCAAAGAAACAAAAGAGGACAAAUGAAAAAUCCAGUGAACCUCAAAGUUGUGUACAGAAUGAACUGACUGAGAAAAUGAAAGUUAAAGCAUCCACAAAAGAAAUAAAGACUGAAAAUAAGAAGAAUUCAAAAACUGCUGCCCCUACAAUGAAGGAUAAAAAGGUUAAAGAAAGCAAACACGUUUCCAAGAACAUGCUGAAUGAAAUAAGUAAUACCACACUUCAUAAAACCAAAAAGAAUUCAAAAUCUUCUAUGAAGACAGAUGUUUGUAAUGCCACAACGAGUUUCCAAGUUUCACCAGUUAACAACAAAAGGAAACUUAACUCUGACUUGCCUCAUGAUUGUGGCUUCCAAGUUAAGAAAGUUAAUUCUAAAACCAUUGAAGCAUCUAAUGUCGGCUGCACGACAGUCUUUAAAAUUGAAAGCUCGAGCACCUACUUAAAGAACAUAAAUGCCGCUGCGAGUGAUUUGGCUAAUUUUAAAGAAAAUACUUUAUUUAAGGGUCAAAUCAAAAGACAAAAAAAAGGCUUAAUAUAUUCCUAUCGAAAUAAGCAAUCAGCAAUGGCUUCAAGAAGAUAAUUGUGCUGUUUUGUUGUUGAUUGUUUUUUAAUUUUUAUGAUUGUUUUAUAUAUUGUUAAUAAUUAAGCUUUUAAUAAAGCAUUUUGAUAUACAU